AUGUUGAAAGAGGAAAUAUAUAAACUUUUCAUUAGUAAAUGUUCAUCACUCAAGUACUUGGAUAUAACUAAUAUUAAUUAUCGAUUAUAUGAAUUUCCUGGGGCAGAAGCCAAUCUUUCCAAACUUAGUCAAUUGGCUUGCAAUAACAAUAAUGACGAACAUGUUUUCAAGGGUUUCGCGAAUUUAUGUAAAUUAAUCGAAACAUUACAUAUUAAUCUUACAAGCCUGAAUCCUGGACUUGCCCGUUUAAUUGAAGAGCAACAAAAAUUAAGAUCAAUCAUAAUUAAAGAUAAUUUCGUUGAAAACAAUACAGACAAGUCUAAUCCCAUUGAACGGGCAAUAAUCAAAAAAGCAAAGAGUAUUAUUCAUUUGAAUUUAUCGGUGGAAAAGGGUUCCAAUUUUUAUAACAACCUCUUUUCAAAGUUAACGGAUAUACAAAAAUUGGUUUUAUAUGACAAUAGGUAUCGUAACGUGGCAGUUCACAAGCAAUUGAAUUUCACAUCAAGUUAUCCUAAAUUACAAGUACUUCAAAUCGGUAUAUCCUUUUCCGUGGCUACAAAAAUUAUUCAAGUAACCAAAGAUCUUCAAAUGAUUUGGUUGGAAAAAGGGAAUCAUGAAUCCGAAGAUCAAAUUAGACAACUGAUUCAGGCGAUCUCAAAGUAUUGUCCAAAGCUUAGAUAUCUUAAGAUAUUUUUAAAAGAGGAAGUUCUUGAAGAUUUUAAACUACUUUUAAAUAAUUGUAGAUUAUUGGAAGGUUUAUACAUCUAUAGGGAGAGUAUAUAUAUGGAUGAUAAUAUCGGGAAAAGAUUAUUGGAUGUAUUACACGAAUCUGCUCCAUCUAGUUUAUGUAAAUUUCAACUUCAUUAUUGUUAUUUUAAGAUUGACACCUUGGACCAAUUCUUGAAUCAAUGGACGGGAAGGAAAUCGUUGUAUUUGUAUCCAAUUUUAGUCAAUUAUUAUGAGAAAAGAUUGCUAAGUAAAGAGGAAUAUGUUAAAAACAAAAUUAGGUUUAAUGAUUUGAUUAAAAAGUAUAAGGAAGAAGAUGUCGUUAAAAGGUUUGAAACAUCCAGAAAUUUUAUGUUCAUCAACCAAUUUGCGGAUUUUAAUUUUUGA